AUGGCUGCUCCCAUGGAAGUGGCCGUGUGUACGGACUCGGCUGCCCAGCUGUGGAGCUGCGUGGUGUGGGAGCUGCAUUCGGGCGCCAACCUGCUCACGUACCGCGGCGGCCAGGCCGGACCCCGCGGGCUGGCGCUGCUCAAUGGCGAGUACCUGCUGGCUGCGCAACUAGGCAAGAACUAUAUCAGCGCCUGGGAGCUGCAGCGGAAGGACCAGCUCCAGCAGAAGAUCAUGUGUCCUGGGCCUGUCACCUGUCUGACCACGUCCCCCAAUGGCCUCUAUGUCCUGGCAGGGAUUGCGGAGAGCAUCUACCUGUGGGAGGUCUCCACAGGGAACCUUCUGGUCAUCCUGAGCCGCCACUACCAGGACGUGUCGUGCCUGCAGUUCACGGGGGACAGCAGCCACUUCCUUUCGGGGGGCAAGGACUGCCUGGUGCUAGUGUGGGGCCUGUGCAGUGUGCUGCAGGCAGACCCCUCCAGGACCCCGUCCCCCCGGCACGUCUGGUCUCGCCACACCCUGCCCAUCACGGACCUGCACUGUGGCUUUGGGGGUCCCCUGGCCCGGGUAGCCACCUCCUCCCUGGACCAGACAGUGAAGCUGUGGGAGGUCUCGUCGGGCGAGCUGCUGCUGUCCGUGCUCUUUGACGUGGGCAUCAUGGCCGUGACCAUGGACCUAGCUGAGUACCACGUGUUCUGCGGCGGCAGCGACGGCUCCAUCUUCCAGGUGGAUCUCUGCACCUGGCCUGGGCAGAAAGAGAAGAGCUUCCAGCCGGAGCAGGACAGCGGGAAGGUGUUCAGAGGGCACAGGAACCAGGUGACGUGUCUGUCUGUGUCCACCGACGGCAGCGUGCUGCUCUCGGGCUCCCACGAUGAGACCGUGCGCCUGUGGGACACCCAGAGCAAGCAGUGCAUCAGGACCGUGACCCUCAAAGGCCCCGUGACCAACGCCGCCAUCAUGCUGGCCCCGGUCAGCAUGCUGAGCUCGGACUUCCGGCCGGGCCUGCCCCUGCCGCACUUCAACAGGCACCUGCUGGGCGCUGAGCACGGGGAUGAGCCGCACCACGGGGGCUUCACGCUGCGCCUGGGCCUCCACCAGCAGGGCUCGGAGCCCAGCCACCUGCAGCGGGCAGAAGAGCUACACGCGGUGAUGAGCAGCACGAUGGAGAAGAGCGUCCUGGGUGGCCAGGACCAGCUGCGCGUCCGUGUGGCCGAGCUGGAGGACGAGGUGCGGAACCUGCGCAAAGUCAACCGAGACCUGUUCGACUUCUCCACGCGCGUCAUCACGCGCCCGGCCAAGUGAGCCGCGGGCUGGGAGCGCUCGCCCCGCGAGGGGCCGUGCUCUCCGGGCUCGGCCGCCGUGCUCCGCGGGGCCUUUUGGUGCUGUUCUGUUUUUAACAAAAAGACUAAAAGCC